CCGUCACGUGGCCGGGUCAGGUUAGGUUGAUUGCAGCGCGACGCGGCGACGCGACGCUGCUGUUGUCUCGCGGACGUGCGCGUUUAGGUUAGAGUUACCGUCGACGUCGCCGUCGAGCGCCGACGAGCCGACGCAUGCCGAGACUCUGACGCAAUCCGUGCGGCGCGGAUGAGGAGCGGCAGCAACGGGGAGGAGACCAUGUCGUACCUGCGCGACUGGCGGCAGGCGUUGCGCGCACCGCACGUCUACCGGGUGGCCAACAGCACGUUCCGCGUCCAGGGCCAGUUCGUGGCGCUGUUCCUCCUGUUGCUGUGCGUGCCGACCUUCUUCCUCGCGUACCCGCUGCUGCACGGCCUCGUGUGCGCGCCGCCGAGCCCCGCACCGGCCCAGUGUCACUACUACAGGUACAACCGCACGUACCCAAUCUCGACGCCCAUCAGGGCCUCCAAGGGCAUCACCUACCGGAUAGCGAUAGUGAGCGACCUCGACCACGAUUCCAAGCUCGCGGACAAGAGGGACACGUGGCACAGCCUCAUGAAGACCGGCAGCCUCUACUGGAACUCGGGCAGCAAUUAUCUCUCCGUCACCUGGGACGACAGGACCGUCGUGCUGUCCUCGUCCUUGUCCAUGAAGGGGCGCGGAAUGGAGCUGUCGGAACUAGUGACUUUCGACGGCCGUCUGCUCUCCUUCGACGAUCGCACGGGGAUGGUAUAUUUCGUCGAGGGCGAUCAAGUUUACCCGUGGGUCAUCCUAAUGGAUGGCAAUGGGAAGAAUCACAAAGGAUUUAAGUCCGAGUGGGCGACUAUCAAGGACGAGCAGUUGUACAUCGGCAGUAUGGGGAAGGAGUGGACCACGCCAUCCGGUGAAUUUGAACACAACAAUCCGUUGUGGGUUAAAGUGGUGUCACCGCGUGGCGAGACGCACUCUCUCAAUUGGAUCUCGUACUACAAACGAUUAAGGCAAGCGAUUAACAUCGAAUAUCCAGGUUACAUGAUACACGAGUCCGGCGCUUGGAGCGACGUACACAAGAGCUGGUUCUUCUUGCCUAGAAGAUGUUCCCACGAGCGUUACAAUGAGACACGGGACGAAACGAUGAGCUGCAACGUCUUGCUGACCGCGGACGAAAAUUUCGUUGAUAUUAAAGUUACUCGUAUCGGCGAGCUAAUCCCAAUCAGAGGUUUCUCCAGUUUCAAAUUUCUUCCCGGCUCGCAAGAUUCUAUCGUAAUAGCGUUGAAAACUGAAGAAUACCAAGGGCGCACCGCUACGUAUAUCAUGGCCUUUACGAUAGAAGGCACAGUAAUAAUGUCCGAAACGAAAGUGAUGGAUAAAAAGUUCGAAGGGCUAGAAUUUAUAUGACAUCUAGUACUUGUUGAUUAUUUAAUAAAGAAAUUGUAAAUAAAUGUACAAAAUGCAUAGUCUCAAGUUUCUACGAGAUAAAAUUGCUGGAAAGUC